GUUCAGGUGUAGUCAUUGGGCUUUCAUUUGCGAGGAUAAUAGCUAUCAUUCAAAUUAAUCAAAUUGGGCCUUGCCGGCCUGUCUCCACCGACCAUCUUCCCAUACAGCUAGGAGCUACCAAUAAUGUACUGCUCUCAAGUCUCUGACUCUGGAAUCUCGGCUUCAAUGGCGGGGAUCAGAAAAUAUAUUUAAAAAAGAGGAAAGUUAAUAAUUCCCCUGCCGCGUCUUCCUCAAUCAAUCAUUCAUUCUCCUCUUUGAUUAAUUCGAGACUUCUGAGAACUAGCCUCAGAUCCCAAGUGUCAAGGCCAUAUUAUAUACCUAGAAUUCUCCUUACCACUUUACACAAUCGCAUUUUUGUCUUCCAGUUGUCCAGAAAGGCAUUUCGUACCGAUCUCUUCUCCUUUCACCUCCGGCCGAAACAACAACAAGAAGGGAAAAUGCCUCAAGGAGUUCUUGAAGUCCUUCUCGUCAGUGCAAAGGGCCUGGAGAACACUGAUUUCCUCAAUGACAUGGACCCUUACGUGAUCCUGACUUGCCGCACCCAUGAGCAGAAAAGCAGCGUCGCUUCAGGAAAGGGGUGCGAGCCGGAGUGGAAUGAGAAUUUUGUGUUUACAGUAUCAGAAGGAACCAGCGAGCUCUGCUUCAAAAUCAUGGACAGUGAUGCUGGCACGGCCGAUGAUUUUGUAGGCGACGCCACAAUUCCAUUAGAUGCAGUGUUCGAUGAAGGAAGUGUCCCACCAACAUCAUACAAUGUGGUUAAGGAUGGUGAAUACAAAGGCUCCAUCAGAGUUGGGCUCACCUUCAAAAGAGAGGAACACCGAAGCCGCGGAUUUGAAGAAGAAAGCUUUGGCGGGUGGAAGCAGUCUGAAGCAUCAUACUGAGAAUGGAUUUGAGAGUCAUAUAAGCUUUGGAGUCAUGAAUUUGCGGGGUUUCUGUGUUUUCUUUUUGGUGAUGAAUGUGUCUUCGUGUCAGUAAGAAUUUGGUGUUUUAACUGCAGAAUGUAGCAUAUGAAACAUUUGU